ACGAAUCGGCAACGCGCAUUUUUGCUUCUUGUCGUCUGCUCAGUUGUUUGGCUUGAAAAUAAUACAUGUAAUAAAUGCCAGGGCCAUGACGAGAUAGGCCUAUCCUACAACUUAUAAGUCCAAGAAACUUUUAAAAAUAAUUCAACAAAACUUUAAUUGAAGAAGUUUGUGGUCUGGACCUGAUUGUGUUUCAAGCCUGUCGAGAUGAACUGGGUUGGUGGGGUCAGAAACAGACUAAAAACAAAAGAUGAGAAACAGCGACAAAAGGAUUUUUUUGAGAAAAUGAAAUACGGAAGUAAAGUGAAGAAAUUGAAAAGGUCCAGCUUUGGAAAGGAAGGAAGUCUUGGAGCAAGCCUGGACCUUCUUUCGCUACAAGCUGCAGACUUCAGUGCCGAGAAGUUCAGGAAAAGUGAUAGCGUGAAAAGUACUAAGACCCAAGUGAAGAAGGUUGAACUGGACAGAAGUAGAGGUCUUUUCCCACUUCAUCAUCGCUGUGAAGAGUUGGAGCUUUCCAUGUCACCUGGCGCUCCCUCCAAACUACAACUGCAAGAUCCUGAUCAAAGAAAUACUGAUUAUCCACACUCUAAGGAGCACAUGCAAACAGCUUACUCAUCUUUCACAACACCAUCGGAACAACUGGAGUAUGACACAUAUGGAAUGAAAACUGGAGAAGCCCCGAAGAACUCUUUUGCAAAAUUUGUUGACAAUGGCAUACAGUGUAAAACUCAUCUGACGAGAAAUUUCUGGAGAAGUACUAUAAAAACGUAUUAUUUACAGACGGAGUAUAGUGAUUGUUGGAGUUAUCCAAGCAUUCAGUCAUCAAGCCAGUUUCACAGCACCCCUGUGGUAGAGGAAUUCCCACAAACACCAGUACCACAGCAACACCAAGGCAAACACUUUGAGGAUCUGUUCUUCAGCUGCAUACCGAACGAUACCCUCACCAUCAAGAAAGAAGUACCGGAUGAUCUGUCUGUCAUCAGUGAUGAACAGCUCAGUGAAGAAUUUGACUACAGCCCACUGUCAUCUAUCCCAUCUGAAUCCAGUGCAGCGUCAUCCCUCAUCAUGCUCAAUCCCGAUUCCCAGCCGACUUUUGAGCAUGACCAGAUGCCAGUUCAUUCAUCCCAACCAGGACUGCAAUUUCAAAGUGGAGGACUUCACUCUAGCCCCAUUGAUCUCACACAAUAUACCACCGGUCCAAGAGAAAAUGAGAUGACGAAACACCCCAUCUCAGACACCAGUCAUAGUGAGGACUGGGUAUCGGACUCAAGCCUUACAACUGUCUGUGAUCAUCACGAAGAAUCUCGUCAUGGACAGAGGCAACAGGAGGAUUCGGUGUCGACAGUGCAGCAAGUCGAUUUAAUUUGUGAAGAGGAGGGAGAUUUCUUGUCGCCAUUCUGCAAACGAGCUAAAGUGAGCUCGAGAAAAACAAGCCAGGAAAAUCCUGCAAGUCCUGAAAUAUCUACCAGCACAGCCAGUCCUGUAGACUUAUCCAACACAAUGAACAGAGGAAAAGCCACAGAAGAGCAGAAUUCUUUGAAGAAGGAAGACGUCAGGAGUGUACGCAGAGAAGCAAACUCAUUCAAGUGGAAAGCAUUUGUAUCAGGUAGUCAAAAGGGUGAUCAGGGUCAUGCUUUUAGAGAAAAACCAGUGGUUGACAAUAAAGACAGGCCAAUUACAAAGGCUCCUGCAAAGGCAAUGAGCAAAGUUUGUGAACAAGUUCUGAAGGAGGUUUUGCAGUUAGACAACGACUUGUGUCAACAGAGCCCACUUCUACAGGGUAAAAUUUCACAACCAGUUGUAGGAUUCCUACUAUCCACCAAGCUUGAAAUGGAAAAAUUCAGUAGCCAAGUCACAGAGGGAACAGGCAACAGACAUUCUGUACACUCGCCUGAUCAACAGGUGCCUAUUCAGGGCAUAGAGCCUCAGAUGGAGUCUCCAGGUUGCUUGACAGUGGAGAGAAGUAAGCUGCAACAAGAUAAUGAUGCAGAACCAAUCCAAAACGACAAGGAGAGAUGCGACAAUAAAGAGGAAGAAGAUGGAAGUCCACGUUUGGUGAUGUCUUGUGAUGUAAAACCUGAACGGGAAGGCCUCCCGGAUGGUGCAGAAACAACAUAUGAAGUGGCUGCAGACGGGAUACCAAGCGACAAAAAACAUGACAUAGAAACAUUAGAGUCAGGUGAAAAACAAAAUGGUCCCCCUGCCAGUGGCCCAAGUAGGAUGAUGUACGAGGAAAAGGCCACACAGUGUAACAUCCUCAUCGUACCAACAGAGGACAGGGCAACUCUCUGUGAAAUCCAAGACUUUACAAAUGCAGCUUCGGCCUGUGGGUGUAGCAAAGCUGAGCAAUCGUUGACUGUGAGGGGUGGCACAGAUAAACCAAAGCCAAUGUGUGAUGCAUACGACGAGUGCAUUGUUUCAUAAAACGUUUAUCUUAAAACUAAACAGAACAAUAAUCUAAGUGACAGUGCCAUUAAGUUG